AUGGGUAAGGGGGGGAGCAAAGUCCUCAGAGAAGCCUCGGUGGAUGGAGUUCAGGCACAGCCAACUCCUGUUGUGGCUGCUCCGGCAGUUAAGUUAGAGGGACUUACCAACACCAAGGCUAUGAAGGUUAAGUGGACUCAGCUGGGCCUGGUGUUCUUCAUACUGCUAUCUCUGGUUAUGACGGGCUGCUUCCUCUGGCAGUACCAUCUGCCAAAGUUACUGCCAGAUGAAGAGAUGGGUCGCAAUGCCAAGUCAGAGCACAUGUGUCCCCGUUUUCCUGAGCCUGUCGCACUGGAGCAUCCAAUCCCCAGUCUUAAAGAAGCCCUGGAAAAGGUGGACGUGCUACUGCGCCAGAGCGCCAACCCCGUCAGCCUUCCCUCUCUAUCAGCCAUUGUAAUUUUCAAUGACACAGUUCUAUGGACAGGCAACUUUGGAAAGAGGAAUGGAAGUGACCCUCUAUCGGGCCCACCCAACGAGUACUCAAUCUACAGAAUUGCCAGUUUAUCCAAGAUCUUCCCAACGUUGAUGAUGUACAAGCUGUGGGAGGAAGGGAAGAUCGGCUCAUUGGAUGACCCUCUGGAGAAGUAUGUGGACAACUUCACCAUCAAAAACCCACUGGGUAAGAUGCGAGACUCUGAGCUGAAGUAUGUCACUGAUGGCCUCAUAUUCCUGGACAGCGGCGAGGUUCAGAUCCGUUCCUCCUCAGUCACCCUACGAAGGAUGGCCAGCCAGCUCUCAGGUCUCCCAAGAAGACUAAGGGCCACAAAUCUCCUAUGGAAAGGAAAAACACAGUCUGCAAUCAAUCUACUACAAGAUGAUGUUUUAGUUGCAGAUCCAGGCACAAAAUGUCACUACAGCAACCUCGCUUUCUCUCUGCUGGCUCAUGUCAUGGCUGAAAAAGUGGUUGGGACUGACUAUCAGCGUUGGGUUACAGACAACAUCCUAGACCGGUUGGGAAUGGAGGACACUGGGUUUGACCUCACCCCGGGGCUCCAAGGCCAGGUGGCUGUGGGAGUAUAUUCCAGUGGACAGAUUGCCCCUCUCUACGACCUGGGUUGGUACCGUCCCUCAGGCCAGAUGUUCUCCACGGCAGCAGACAUGGCUAAGCUAGCCAUGAUGCUGCUGGGUGCUUACCACCGUAAGCUCCUGGAGCUAGACACCCUCAAGAUUAUGCUGACUCCACUCUUCAGGUGCGACAAGCACUACUUUGCUAAUCGCACUGGCACGCCAUGGGAGGUGAAUGAGCAGCUGGGAUACGAGGUGGUGCGAAAGGAUGGAGAUCUCGACGGCUACUCCGCCACCUUCUCCCUGGUACCUCGGCUGAAGCUAGGUCUGGUGGUGCUCAUGGCUGGCAGCAGGUCUCAGAAUCAAGACGUGGUAGCCAAGGCCUACAGCCUCAUCAUCCCAGCCAUGGAGAAGGCAUUCAGGGAGGCCAAGAAGGUUCUGGUUCCACCCCCUAAUCCCGAACCUUAUGUAGGGUUUUUCACAUAUGGCAACAUCACCUUCUAUGAGAUCAAAGCUGGACCGGAUGGGGUUUUGAUCAUGCAGCAAUUUGGACCUCAGAUCGAGGAGCUCAUCCCUGAGAGGUACAGGACAAUUAAACUCAACUACCUGGUGGAGCGGGUGUUCAGGGUGGUGUUUGAAAAGGAGUACCCCUGUGUCUUACGGGUCAGCACUGCCUCAGUAUCCCUGGAGGCCCAGGACGGUCAACUAUUCAACUUUUACCUGUUUGACAAGCGGGGUUUAUCUCCUGGUUUUGAUGCACCGGGACUGAAUACAUAUAAUGUUGUGAGAAUAGCCCGCAGACCCUCCUUUUCAAACUGA